CAGGCGUGGGAGCGCCGCGGGGCUCUGUGUGCGGGGCGGCGGCCUCCGCUCGGUCCCCGCCGGGCGCCAUGCGGGUGCCGCUGUCCCUCCUGGCUGUAGCGGCGCUGCUGGCGCCCCGCCGGAGCGCGGCUUCCCAAGGGGAGCAGCCGCCCGCAGUGCCUUCACCAACAGGAGUUGUAGUAACAUCUGAAAAUUUCAAAACAGUUUUGCAUUGGCAGUACCCACCUAUUUCUGAAACUCCUCAUUUUAUUGUGGAAAUCAAGCCUUACAAUUUAGGUGAAUAUAAGGAGGUCUCAACCUGUGUGAACACUUCAGCUCAUUUUUGUGAUGUCUCAGAGGAAAUAUGUGAACCUUAUUCAUCUCAUUGGCUGAAAGUUAAAGCUGUUGUUGGGUCAGAACAGUCUGAAUAUGUUGAGACAAAUGAGUUUAUUUUGCAAAAGCAUGGAAAAAUAGGACCGCCAAAACUGAACAUCUCAAGACAUGGUGAUGAAAUCGUGGUUGAUAUUCACCAUCCUGUAUUCCCUCUUUCUUGUAUUGACAUUUAUUCGUCUCUUGGCUACUUGGUGACUGUUCGGAAUAGUAAAAAUGAGACUGAAGAGUUCGAAGAUGACAACUGUACAAUGCAUAAGUGUAGCCUCAAAAUUCCAAUCCUUCCAGAAAGUUCCACUUACUGUGUUUCAGCAAAAGCAAAUUUUGAUUUUCUGAUAUUUGGCACUCCAUCAGAGGAAAUUUGCACUCCUGUUCCUCUCAGGCAGACACUGAGUACACAUGAUAUCAUCAUUCUGUGUGUUGUUAUUGGGAUCUUGACGGUAAUACCGACAGUAUAUUGUGGCUGCAAGAAACUAAGGAAAAACAACAUACAGCUGCCUAAGUCUUUGGUCAGUGUGAUGAGAAACCUGAACACGGGUGCCCUAAUGGGACCAAGAUCAGAGGGGAAGUAUAUGUCUGUGAUAUCAGCCCACUCGGAGUUGCCAGUGAAUGGUGAAGUAACCUUGCUGGUGAUAGAGCCAAAAGAACAAACUGUUAGUCCUGUCAGUUCCUGUGAUGGAGAAUCUUCUGUCCCUUCCCCAGAGGCACCAGCCAAAGCAGAAGAGGUGCCUGUGCAGGAAAGCACAGAGGAGGUCUCUUUUGAUGCUGAUGAACAGAAUUGUGGAGGAAAAGAGAGUUACUUCAUUUCUAACAGUAGCCAAAUGGAUAUUUGCAGUAAGUCUUCAGGGUCAGAGAUUGCUACCACAGAAACACAGCAAACAGUGGUUCCAAGCAGCUGCUUCAAGUUUUCUGGCUAUGACAAGCCUCAUGUUCCAUUGGAUAUGCUGAUGAUAGAUGUUGGUGAAGAGCAGCCUGUGAAUGCUUACAGGCCAACUGAGUAGCCAGGAUGAAGUGCUGAAGUGCUUUACCACAACUCAGAAAGAACAGCAUUACUAAAACCUGUGGAAAGUCUGGGUUAAAUUGUGAGCAUCUACAAGUUGUACUUGUUCUGAUCAGUGCACAAUUGAAAGUAGUACCUGAAAAUGGCAUAAGAUGUGUGGGGAAAUUUCAUAAUAACCACUUUUUAAAAUGCGUUUAUAUAUUAUAUAACUCAUUAUUUCCUAUUGGGAAUAGAGCUGUGUUUUUUAACAGUACUCUAUAGAAAACAUACCAUCAACUAUAAAACAGCAUCUCUACCAUUAUACACUUCUGCUUCAAAUCUUGUUCAAAAUUAGUUCAAUGAACAUAAUGCUUAGGAAAUACUUCACUUGAUUAUGAUAGACAUGUGCAAGAAAUAUUUGAGAGUUUUUACUAUUACUGGAGGUAUCCUCUUGCUUAUCUUCUUCUUUUGAAGAGUAUUUUUAUAUUAAGUGCUCUUAUUUCUUUUAAAUAAGAUUAUGCCUAUAAGCUCUUCCUGGGUAUCUUAAGAAUUUGAUUCCAUGUCAAAGAAGUAAGAAGUAAUGGCCAUAAACUAAGAACACAAGAAGUUCACCUCAACGUGAGGAAGAUCUUCUUUGCAUUGAGGGUGGGUGCCAAAGCAUUGGAAGGGGCUCCCCAAGGAGAUCACAGAGUCUCCCUUUCUGAGGACAUUCAGCACCCACCUGAACUCAUUCCUGUGUCAGCUGCUCAGGGUGACCCUGCCUUGCCAGGAGGGUGGAUUUCCAGAGGUUCCUCCCAACUCUAACAAUUCUGUGAAUCUGUAGUCUUUGCUGUUGACUUCAGUACAGCAGCACCCAUUUGGAUCACCUAGUGGUGUGAAUAACCCUCUCACAUUCUGGCAGAAUGUAUUAGCAAGCUGACUGAUCAUCACUGAGAAAAAAAUAUCUAAUGAGUGGUUGCACAAAUUCUUUAGAAAAUGUCCUCAAAAUUCAAAAGCCUGGUUUCUUCUGGGACACUUCCAUCCUAAUUUUUAGAACAAUAUGUUCUCUAAAUAGAAGUGAAUGGAACUCCUUCCAAGUAUUUUUUCUAGCAGGAUGAAAAUCACUGCCAUUUCCCCUGUUUCAAUAACAUAACUCAGGAACUACGUAAAAUCACCCUCUAAAAAUAUGUCUCAAUAUGACAGAAAAAUAGUGUGAUUAAGUUGUACUUCGUAAGUUUUAUUUUCAUCUGACAGCCUUCUGAAUUUUGUAUCAUAGAGUUGUAGUUUUGAAAACUGAGUAAUAAGAAUUUUAUAUUUUUUUUUCAUAUUGAAAUUCAUGCAAUCCAAUUAUUUCCCUUUAAUCAAGAUUCAAUAGGUAUUUUCUAUUUGUAGGAAAUAUUUAUAGCAAUUUUUAAUGAAGUUUAGUUCAGGAAAAAAGAACACUUUACGGGUACAAGUUUUACACAUUACCCAUUUACACAAAAUUGUGGGUUUGUUUUAAAAGACAUUUCUAUAGGAUGGUCAGAAUUGUUAGCCUGUUACAGCAGGUGGUUUUAAAGGGAAACCAGUGUCACCGUACUUCUGUCCUUACGUUUCUCAGUGACAUGAGUAUUGUUAAGGUGAAGUUAGUUUAUACAGCUGUUUCAGGAGUGCCUCUGUUCUUGUCUAUAUCAGAUAUUGACCACAAUGGUACAAAAGAUUUAAAGACAAUAGCUAUUUUUCCCAUCACUACUUCAGAGGAAGGAUAACAGAUGGGUUACCAGGGUUUUGAUAAUUUUAGGAAAAGCCAAAUCAAGCAGGUGAAUUUUGUAAUUAUGAUGUAAUGGAAAGCCCAAUUAGUAAUUGUUAACUGGCUGUGAUUUGGUCCUGCAUUAUAUUCAAACAUAAUGAGACCCCUUAGCAACUUUUUCAAUAUCAUGUUCUGGGUUGUGUUCCUAGAAGGCAGUGCUUAGUGACUUACUGCUCAGAUGCACUAGUGUGUACCACCAUGGCAGAGGUACAGAAAAUAACACUUUUGGUGUUAUGAGAAGGCUUUUUGAAAAUCAGCAUUAAUUGCACUUGAAACUUCAGUUAAACUGACUUUCCAGGUAGUGAUGCUGUUCAUCACUGAAGCUCCUAGCAGGCUGUCUACAAAGUAGAUGAGCAGCUGUGUCUUGUGCAGAGAUGGGAGUUGAUGUAAUUUCUUUCUGAGUUUGGAGGUUUAUUGAUGAAUAUGAAUUGCAGUAAAUACCUCAGGAAUUCAUAAAUGUCAGAGAAGUGCUUAAGUUAAACUUGGCUCUGAAGGGAUAAAGAGAACAUUAGAAACUGUAAAGUUAGUCUUGUUUUUGGGAACAAGUUUCUGACCAGACAAUUUGCUGAGUAUUUUCUUUGCAACUGCUCAGAGUAUUUAACCUUGCACUUGGUAGCUUGUUUUCCUUCUGUCAGUUUUGUCAAAAAAAGAGGUCAGGAAUUAGCUCUGGCAGUUGUUGGAUUUGAUGUAUCUGCCACAAACCCAAGAUUCUGUCAGAAGCAUGUUAUUUUUUUUAAAAACUACGUUUACAUUCUUAGCAGUUCAUCAGGAAACCCUGUUGCUGUUAGAACUAAGACUUAGCAUCUUAGUUUUGUGUGAGCUAAGUGUUUCAUUGUUCUGGAAGAUUUUCCUUUGCUGACACAAUGGGAGAGGAAUGCAGAUAGACACAUCUUAAAACCAAGUCACUAUCUCAGGUUCUUGUCUCUUGCCCCUGCAAUGCAGCUACAUUGUACAUUCUUCUGAAUCUUUCAAAUCCCAUGAAGUCGUGUGUGAGUAAGGACCCAGCCAGGAGCUAGGCUAUCAUUAAGAACAUCAUUGUUAAGAUCAAUAAGAAAUGACUCAAAAAUAUAUCAUAACAUAGGGGAAAAAAUUGUCAUGGCAGAUAGUCACAUGUAUUGGAAAGGUGGUGUUAUUUUAGAAGCUGAGAAUCAAUAACAGCAGUGUGAGUGCUUUGUACUAUAUCACAUAUAUAUACAACAGAUCUGCUCUUGAAAUAAAACAAGGUUAAAUAUACUUUUAAAUCAAAAUUUCUGAGCUGUAAAUAUAGAAGCCACUGAACUAGCACCAUCUGUGCAAUCUGUCUUCUGUGUGCUUCAUACUUACCUAGUGGCACAGGGAUAGUUUAGAUGUUUAAAUUGCUCAGGCCAGCUUAGAGCUUUUCUGAUUGUGAAAUAAAGAAGUUUAAGGGUGCACAAAGCACAGGAUUCUUUUACUUGCUUUGACUAGCUGAAAAUGUGAGGCCACAGUGAGACAAGAUGUGUUUCUGGGUCAGUAAGCUCUGUUACCACCAGUCCUGUUUUUAGCAGGUGCCAGUAGUGAUAUUGAAAGCCUAAGAGUAGGGCAAGUCAUGGUGCUAAUCUGGCUGCAAUCCAGCAGCUUGCAGUGUGAGGACUUCUUGGGAAUGGAAAUGCCUUUUCAGCUACAGCUGGUUAGCUUUGCUUUUGCAAGUUCUGUUACACAAAAUAUUUGAGCAAUGUCAUUUGUAACCUGUCAGGUAGUAUUUAUCUAUACAUUUUCACCUAAUUGAGUUUGCUUAAUUGAUUAAUAUUCUUGUGAUUAAGUAGUUUGCUUGAGCUUAAUAUUCAUACAUUGCACCUUGAUCCAGAAUAUGAAAGUGCCUAACAUUUAUACAUUAAAAAUAAUGUAAUAUUAAUGCCUUUUAUAGGGCUAUCAGCUAUCCAGUGUGACACACAUAGAAGGUUUUGCCACUUCAAACUUUUUCAGCUGAUUUUUACUCUUGUCCUGGCUCCUCAGCACUCCUCCCUUUCUCUCACUUCAAGGUGAUUUGGGUGAUGAGGUAAGACUCCCCUGUGAAAGAGAACUUCCAAAACUUUGGCCUCAUACCUGCCAACAUUUUUAAGAACUUCUUUAGUUCUUGUUCUUGAGUGGAUAUUGUAAUUUUUAUUAUUAGAUGUGCAGUUAACAAUGAAGUAUUAUGGCAGUACUGUGCACUGGCACAGAAACAUCAAAUCUGCUUUUGUGUGGUUUUCCACAUAAGUCAAUAAUUAGUUUAAAAAAAAAUUGUCAAAUAUACUGACAUCUGUGCAAACAAGACAGUUGCCUGGAACAGAUGCACAUACUUUUAUUUUUUUUUUUAUCCUUCAUAGGAGAUUGCAAAAAAAGAAACUUGUAUGAGAAUAUCUGUUUUUCUCAGGUUAUUAGGAAUAGCCAGUUGCUCUGAAGUGGUUCCAUGUAAACAGUCGAGUAAGUAAGAGAUGUUGUACUUGGCUCAGAUUAAUAGUUUCAGCACAUAUUAAAAACAUACAACCAAAAUGACAAACCAAAUACAAAGCACCUUUUAUCUUAGGAAAAGGUGACCUGUGUAGAUUCCUUUAGUGUGUUUUUUUUAUAGUUCAGUCCCUUAACUAUGAAGUUCUUGUUUAUUAAUACUCUUUCUAGAUUCUUUAAAUGGAUGCAAUCAUUGGGCUGAAAUCUGUAAUGAAAGUCCUGUAAAUAGUGUACAGUUGAACCAUUUUUAUAUAUAAA